UUAUUCAUUGUAUACCUCGGCUAUCGUCGGAUACAUUUUUAACAUUUUUCUCUUGCGUCGAACGGUAAUUAAUAAUUAUAACGACAACGUUUACGUGACUUCGGCAUUCUACAAAUUCAGACGUAUCGUCGUACAUCAUCGUUAUUAUUUAUAGCUACAAUUUUUUUUCUGCUCCCGCCAACUAUGCCUCGACCCGCCAGCCAGUGGACGUCGUAGUAAAACGCACACGCACAACAUCCGAUCCCGCGCUGAGUGAGUAGUAUGUACAAUAUUAUGGCGACUUGUGAAACGGGCACAACUGAACCCUAUGAAAGCUGGGAAGCUCUGGACGAUCCGUCUGUUCUCAGCACUCAAAUAAAAAAAAUGCAACUGGCGUCUGCUACCAAAAAUGAAAACAAUAGCAAUGUUGUAAUAUUGCCCCCUGGCUUACAAUUGUCAUAUAACCAUCAUCAACAGAUGACAGUCCCUCAACAGCCCACUGUCAAAAUACUCAAACGACCGCAGAAGGAUAAUGCUGCAAAUGAUAAUGCCGAUAAACCCAAAGUACAAGUUAAAUCUUUGGAACAAAGAAAACAAGAGUAUGCAGAAGCUAGAUUGCGAAUAAUGGGCGAAGAACGUGAAGAAGAGUUGAAUGCUGAUGAUGAAGGGGCCAGUUCUUCAGGUAGUAUGAAAGUUGAAGUGCUGCGACAGCCCAUAGUCCGUGUUGCUGUUGAAGACAAUGUUAUUCGACAGCCUCGUGGGCCUGAUAACACCAAAGGUUUUAAUCAUCGAAGCUAACGCUAACAAUUUAGACAAUUUAAAUUAAAUACAUUUUUUAAGUGCAGGAUUUUCAUAAUAAAACAACUAUAAUCUA